AUGAUCAAAGCUAAAGAAGCCUUAACAGAAUCAUCGAAUGAUAUCAAAGGAGCAUUAGCAUGGCUUGAAAAAGAUAUGCAAAUGACUGGUGCCAAAAAGGCAUCCAAAGUCAGUGAUAGAGAGGCAAAAGAAGGAGGUGUGGCCGUCUGCAUAGUCACUGAUGGCGUUCCAGCUUCCAGCACGACUGAUUCUCAACAACAGGGCGUUCGAUUCUCACCAAUCACCUUAGCAGCUAGGGCGGGAAUCGUUGAGCUAAAUUGUGAAACGGACUUUGUUGGACGAAAUGAAAUCUUUCAAGGACUUUUAGCCGAUCUUGCACAUACGGUUGCGCUCUUUCCAACUUUGGCAAUCGAUGAUAGUAUCUCAUCAUCUUCAUCUUCACAGGAAAUGAUCGAUAUCCCAAUUCCACAGCUAUUGGAAUUUCCACUUAUCCCUAAACCCACCAAGGAAGGAGAAGGAUCGAAAUCUGCGCCAAAAACUGUAGGCAAUGCCAUUCUUGACGUCGUUUCUAGAUUAGGCGAACGUAUUCACUUAGCAAGAGCUUCUUCGCUGAGCAAUGUUGCAGCACCUCCAGCCGAUGCACCAAGAAGGAGUGAAUCACCUCAAACUUCAACUCCAUGGUUCGUUGCCAGCUCUUUCGCACAUGGAUCCUCUUCCACACAAAGUACCGAAGGACCUCAAGUUUCGAUCGGAAAGGUUGGCUCGCUCCUUCUGACCCGCAUUCAACGUCCUGACAAGGCGUCCGGCUCGGUGAAUGAGACUUCAUUGCCUUUCUUGCGCAGUCUUACACGCUCACUCGCACGUCAAGCUGCCGGAAUGCCAACACGAUCGAUCGAGCCAGCAGGCAUUGCAGAAGAUGCAGAAGAGAGCCUCUACUCGCAGUCGUUCAUAAUGCGUUUGGCAGCUUCCAAAUUACCAGGCGAAGUACUAGACUCUAGUGAGCCUACUGUCAAGCAAGUCUUACAGGCUUGGGGAAGUGCAUGGUCUGGAAAAGAAUCAUCGGGUGACUCAAUCCACGUAACAGCGAUGAGGAGAUGGCAGCUAGGCGAGCCAUUUGAGAUCAAAAAUUAA